GUCAAACCGUAGUAUACAGAUCACAGAUGAUACCUUUUACUGGUUUGAUAUUAAACUUAUAUUUGUUUUGUUUUGCUAUAAAAAAUUACAUGUUACUAGAGAUUUUCUCCUAAAAAUUAAUGAAAUAGAUGGUAAAUUAUAAUAAAUAAAUAAAUUAUUCUGAUGUAUGUUAUAAAUCGAGUGUUUUGUGUGUGAUAAAGUGAUAAGAGGAUAGUGAUUGUCGUAUGAUUUUGUAAUCAAACUGCUAUGGAAGGCAACGGGGACGCAGACAGGGACCGAGGCUCGGGUAGCGUGGAGCACAGCGCAGCAGAGGGGGACGGAGACAGGGGCAGGUACAGCCUGGUGCGGUGCGCGUCGCAGUCCUCGCUGGACGAAUGUUCUCAACGUCGUGGCGCGGGCGAGGCGGGCGAGGCAGCUGCGGGGGCCGUGCACGCCGCCUCCUUACUGCACUCGCUGUCGAGACUCAGGAGAGACGAUGUGCUCUGCGACGUGCGGCUCGUGGCCCAGGCGCCGGGGGAGGCGGCCCAGUCCGCGGAGUCGGACGAGGCGGUCGGCGUGUGCGCGCACCGUGCCGUGCUGGCCGCGUGCUCGCCGUACUUCCGGGCCAUGUUCACUCAGUUCGAUGAGCGCACACAGGCCGUCAUCACCAUACAGGACGUGGAGCCGUCGGCGCUGGCGGCCAUAGUCGAGUACGUGUACUCUCCGGAGUCUCUGGUGAUGACGGAAGACUCGGUCCAGUCCCUGCUGUCGGCGGCGUCACUGCUGCAGGUGAGGGGAGUGCGCGCCGCCGCCUGCUCCUUCCUCGCAGCGGCGCUGGCUCCGGACAACGCUCUCGGCAUCAGAGCCUUCGCCGACCUCCACGCCUGCGCCGACCUGGCCGACGUCGCCGACCGGUUCGUCAAGAGACACUUCGUGGAGGUUCUCGAGUCGGAGGAGUUCCUGGCGCUGGACUGCGACGUGCUGGCCGCGCUGCUGGACUCGGACAGGAUCACCGUCCCCAACGAGGAGCUCGUCCUGGACGCCGUCAUACGAUGGAUGCAGCACGACCCUGAGAACCGCCGCUGUCGCCUGGGAGCUCUGCUGGAGCACGUCCGUCUGCCGCUCCUCCCGCAGGACGUGUUGGUGGCGCGUGCGGCCGCCGAGCCUCUCGCCUCCGCCGAGCUGCGAGUCAAGGACCUGGUCAUCGAGGCUUUGUCGUUUCAUCUCCUCCGUCCGGAGCGUCGUGCCGCCGCAGCAGCGGCGAGCGCCCGUGCCCGUCCCCGGCAGCCUCCCCGAUCGCCCAAGGUUCUGCUCGUGGUGGGCGGGCAGGCUCCCAAGGCCAUCCGAGACGUGGAGGCCUUUCACAUGGAGAGCGGGCGGUGGCGGGCCGCGGCCGAGCUGCCGACCCGCCGCUGUCGCGCCGGCCUCGCCGCCGUGGGCGCGCGGCUGUACGCCAUCGGAGGCUUCAACGGAACCCUGCGCGUCCGCAGCGUGGACGUGUACGACGUGGGCGCCGACGCGUGGUCGCCCGGGCCGCCGCUCUGCGCUCGGCGAUCGACGCUGGGAGUCGCCGUCGUGGGGAACGUUAUCUACGCCGUGGGAGGCUUCGACGGAGCGACCGGGCUGAGCUCGGCGGAGGCGCUGGACGUCCGCGAGGGCGUGUGGCGCUCCAUAGCCAGCAUGAGCACGCGGCGGUCCAGCGUGGGCGUGGCGGCGCUCGACGGGAAGCUGUACGCGGUCGGAGGUUACGACGGUGCGUCCCGCCAGUGUCUGCACACCGUGGAGCGAUACGACCCCGCCGCGGAUGCCUGGGAGCCGGUCGCCGAGAUGGCGGCGAGGCGCUCCGGCGCCGGCGUGGGCGUGGCCGGAGGCGCGCUAUACGCCCUCGGCGGACACGACGGGCCGGCCGUGCGCCGCUCCGUGGAGCGCUACCGGGAGCGCGACGGCUGGGCCCCGGCGCCUCCCAUGAUGCACGCGCGAAGGAACGCCGGCGUCGCCUCACACCACGGCCGCCUGUACGUGGCCGGCGGGGACGACGGCGCCGCCAACCUCGCCACCGUGGAGGUGUUCGACCCCGCCACGGAACAGUGGUCGAUGCUGAGCUCCGCGAUGUCCGUGGCUCGCUCGUACGCGGGGGUGGCGGUGGUGGAGCGAGCUGCCUGACGACACGCCCGCCGCCACCUCCCGGACCAGCUCGCGGACCCUGACCGGGAUCACGACACCGACACGGACGUGGAGCCCGAAGACCGCGCCCAGCGCCCGGACUCCGAGGCCAGCUACGUCAACGUGCACGUGUACGCCAGCGCCGAGGGCUCCGGGUGGAGGCCGCUCGGACCCAGGGAACGUGAGCAGGUGGAGGAGAACGUGUACGAGAGUGUGGCGGCGGCGGCGGGGGGGAGGGGUAGGGGAGCCUUCGCCCCGCUCGGCGCGUACUGGUGGAUGCGGGUGGCGCCGCCCUGCAGGAGGCACCGGCGGGUAUCGCAGACCGUGGAGUUCCACGAGAGCCCUCCGGCGCCCGCGGCCGGCGCCUGCGUGCAGGGCACUGUGCCGCGGGCCAGGCGCCUGGUUCGCGGCGUGUGCGGUGUGCGGCUGCAGCGGGCGCCGGGCCGGGGCGCGCGCCUGUCGGCCUCGUGCGGGACCAUCGGCGCGCUGGCCGCCCCGGACGCCCCGGCGCCCUGCGUGCUGCUGCUGCCGCCGCCCCGGGAGAGACCGGACCCGGAGGAGGACGAGGCCGCUCCUCACCAUCGCCACGAGCACUCCUCCGACUCCGAGACCGAGGAGCGGCGCUGACUCCGCCUGCGGCCAGUACCGUGUAUAGUGUAAUAUUUCACAGCGAGAUGAAUCUCAGAGCCGGGCGUCGGACGGGUCCCGCUUCAUGAAGACUGUGCGCGGAGGUCGCGGGGCCGAGGUGUUAUCUUUCGUCUUUCUUAGAAAAUAAAAUAGUAAACGCUGCAGAACAAACGUAGCGAAAUAAAACCUGUCCAUAGUUUAAUUUAAACGGUAAAUGUGACGUUGAAGUUUCCUCGCGGACGAGUCUAAUGUAUCGUGCUCAUCUCCGUUUGAAACAUUCCUCUCUAGACAUUAACUAGCGUCGUUUACUUGACUUUGAAGUAUUCACUGCAGACCUUCCUCGCCGAGCUGGUCGGGAACUCGACUCUACUCUCUCCGAUCGUUGUGUAGAGUCUUUAGCACCGGACACGUUCAGGUCGGAGUGGGAGUGAGUCUGGUGGAGUGGUCUGCGGACUGUGACGGAACUUAUCCUUGUAACUGUGAAUGCGAGUUCAUUAGUUAAACGUGUAAGAGUUAGUUUAAACGCUACAAUAUAAUUGUCGUUUGUAUGUAAGUUAGUGUAAGUAGUGAUGUGCUUUAUUAAAGUCCGUUUCUGUGAUA